CCCAUUCCAAGCAUCCUUCUCUCCAUUACUCAUAUACUCUCCUCCUACCAGAACUUUUCACAAACACAUAGACAUCAAACACAUUAAUUCGAAAAGUUUCUUUUUUUUCUGCACAAUGGCUAGACAGCAACAACGGUACCGCGGCGUCCGUCAAAGGCAUUGGGGCUCUUGGGUAUCUGAAAUCCGCCACCCUCUACUGAAGACUAGAAUAUGGCUAGGCACAUUCGAAACGGCGGAGGAUGCAGCGCGAGCCUACGACGAGGCAGCAAGACUAAUGUGUGGACCAAAAGCACGCACAAAUUUUCCAUACAACCCUAAUGAGCCACAAUCAUCUUCUUCAAAGCUUCUAUCUGCAACUCUUGCAGCUAAGCUACAUAAAUGUCACAUGGCAUCUUUACAAGUGACCAAAAAUAAAAAUGUCAAUAAACAAACACAUAAUGAUCAAGCACAAUAUUGUAAACCAUUUGACACUAGCAAUGGCAUUGCCGGAAAAAGUAUAGAAACCAGCUUUUCUUGGCCGGAGGGGGACUGGGUUGGCGAGGAAAGCCAAGUUGGGAAUAGCCAAGGGCAAGAAUUUAAGGCACUUGAAGAUCAUCAUAUAGAGCAAAUGAUCGAAGAGUUGAUUGAUUAUGGCUCUAUGGAGUUUUGUUCUGCUUCUUCAACAUAAAGGCUUUUUAAUUAGAAAGAGUAAUAAUGUAGCAAUCUUGAUGGUCUAUUUGGUAAUGAAACUUUUUUAAUUGUUAUCAA